GAUAACUCUAUUUUUUUUUUUUAAUUAUUUUUAUUUUUUUAUCUAUUGGUUUAAAUAUAUUUUUUCUGUUUGUUUAAAACACUCUCUCCAGAUAGUUUUUUCAUUUUUUUAUAAAAAAAAAUAUAUUUUCCAACACAUACACUUAAAUUUAAACUACUAUUUAGCAAUAAUAGAUAAGAUAAAAAAAAAUAAAAUAAAAUUGUUUAUAUAUUUUAUUAAAAAACAGGGGUAAUGUAACCAUUAAAUUGUUUUAGUUUUCCUUUACAAUAUUGUUUUUAGAAAAUCGAGACACAUUUACAUUACAAUACAUACAAAAAUAAAAGACUAUAUACAUUUGUAUUUAUAAUUUUUAGUAUCUUUUUUAAAUACCAGGUAUCUGCACCUAAUAAUUUUAUAAUUAAAAUUUUAAUAAAAGAAAAUAAAACAAAAAAAAUAUUCAUUUCGAUUAUAAAUUAUUUCAUAAUAAUAACCAUAAUUAGUUUACUUGUUUGUUUUCUGUUUGUUUUUUUUUUUGUUUUUAGUUUUUUUAUUUAUAAUUACACUUGUUUUAUUUCAUUCAUUCAUUAAUUCAUUAAUUCAUUCACACAUUCAUUAUAAAAAUAAUAAUAUAAUAUUACACUUUAUAAUUUAUAAAAUUAUUCAUUAUAAAAUUAAAUUAAUAUAUUAAUAAUUCUUUUUUUUUUUUUAUUUAUUUUUAAAAAAAUAAUAAAUAUAUAAUAAAUCACAAUACAGAAAUAUAAAAUAAAAUGUCAAAAGAUGAAAGUCACAUUAAGACUCUUUCAAAGAGAAAAGAGUCAGUUAUUUUUAUGAUGAUCUUAUUUGGUUUCCAAAUAUUUAUGAUCGUCUUAUUAUCAGUUUGGGUAGAUUAUAAAUCAGAUCACGAUUAUUUAGAAGAAGGUGAAGGUACAUCUGGUUACCCAGGUGGUGCUGCUCAAGAAGAUGUAGAUAACAUCUAUGGUUAUUUCAGAGAUAUCAAUAUUAUGAUUUUCUUCGGUUUCGGUUUCCUUAUGACCUUUUUAAGAAGAUAUGGUUAUUCAGCUCUUGGUUACACCUUUUUAAUUUCAGCUAUGGUUGCUCAAUGGUCAGUUUUACUCUAUGGUUUCUUUGAAACUUUUAAUAACUUUUCAUUAUUACAAGGUUUAUUCUGUGCUGGUUCUGUUAUGAUCAGUUAUGGUGCUAUUCUUGGUAGAGUCACCCCAUUACAAAUGUUAGUUAUGGGUAUUUUCGAACCAAUCUUUUAUUUCUUAAAUAUGUUUAUUGGUGAUAUGGUCUUAAAAGCUAUCGAUGUCGGUGGUGGUAUGUACAUCCAUUUAUUCGGUGCUGUCUUUGGUUUAACUGUUGCUUGGUUCUUAACUGAUAAGAAAUCAAAAGAUUGUGAUGAUAACAGUCCAUCAUACAGUGGUGAUUAUUUCGCUAUGGCUGGUGCUCUUUUCCUUUGGAUGAUGUGGCCAUCAUUCAAUGCUGCUAUUGCUCCAGAAGGUUUACCACAAUUCAGAGCUAUUGCCAAUACUUUCUUAUCAUUAACCGGUUCAACUAUUGCCACUUUUAUUAUCACCAGACUCUUUGGUCAUCAAGGUCACAAAAUCGAUAUGGUCCAUGUUCAAAACUCUGCUUUAGCUGGUGGUGUUGUUCAAGGUUGUAUUGCCCAUCUUAAUAUUAACCCAGGUGCUGCCGUCGGUAUGGGUUUCAUUGCUGGUACCAUUAGUGUUAUUGGUUACGUCUUCCUUACCCCAUUCCUCCAACGUAAAUUCAAUAUUCAAGAUACCUGUGGUAUUAACAAUCUUCACUGUAUGCCAGGUUUCAUUGGUAGUGUAGCUGCUAUUAUUGCCGCCGAAAGAGGUAUCCGUAAUAAAGAUUUAUACGGUGCUGCCGAAUAUGAUGCUAUCUUUAAAGUUGGUGAUUCACAAGCCAGACACAACGCUGCUGCUACUUUUAUUUCAAUUGGUAUUGGUAUUGCUGGUGGUCUUUUCGUUGGUAUGUUACUUAAACUCCUCAAGAAAGUUGGUGGUCUUAAACCAAAGGAAUACUAUCAAGAUUCUGCUUUCUGGCAUGUUCCAGUCGAUUACCCAAGAGAUGUCGAAACUGUUCUCGCUCUUCUCAAUGCUCCAGUUCCAACUGAAGGUGAAGAUAAAGAAGGUGGUGUCGAAAUGAAGAAAUCACACAAAGGUAAUGCAUCAAACAGAAGUGGUUAUCGUAGAGACCUUAUUCGUUUACUUGAAACCUUAGUUAAAAACGAAUCAAAGACCCAAUUUGAUGGUUCAGCCUCAAGUUAUAGCGAUAGUGAAAGUGAAGAUGAAGAUGCUCCAAAAAAAACACAUCGUCGUAAACAAGCUUCAGAAAAUCCAGUAGGUAGUACAACUCCAACUGAUGAUGUUGGUUCAUCAAAUACCCCAAAAUCUGAAGUUUAAAAUAUAAUAUAAUAUAAAAUAAUAAUAAUAAUAACAAUAUAUAAAUCAUUUGUAAAUUUAUGAUUUAAUUUAAUCAUAAAACCUUUUAAAAAUCUAAAAUAAAAAUUUUAUAUUUAUAAUAUAUUAUUUAAAUUAUGAUAUAUUAUGAAUAUAAAAAUGUAAAAUUUUUUUUAUAAAU